AUGGCAGUGAUGGAGAAUGAGACGUGGCCGCACCCGUCCUACAUCCCUCAUUAUCUUCUCCGUGGUGACCCUUUCGCCUCAAGACUCUCCAGAGAGGCGGAUAUCAUUGCAGCUUUUUACAUCUGUGUCAUAGGAAUCAUGUCUGCAACAGGGAAUGGCUAUGUCAUUUAUAUGACCAUCAAACGCAAGACCAAGUUAAAGCCUCCUGAGCUCAUGACUGUUAAUUUAGCCAUCUUCGAUUUUGGCAUAUCAGUGACAGGAAAGCCCUUCUUCGUUGUAUCUAGUUUCUCCCACCGCUGGUUGUUCGGGUGGGAGGGUUGUCGCUUCUACGGCUGGGCAGGUUUCUUCUUUGGUUGCGGGAGCCUCAUCACAAUGACUGUGGUCAGUCUGGACCGAUACCUCAAGAUCUGCCAUCUCAGAUAUGGGACGUGGUUAAAACGCGAGCAUGCCUUCCUGUGCCUGGUCUUUGUGUGGGUGUAUGCAGCUUUCUGGGCCACCAUGCCCCUGAUUGGCUGGGGAAACUAUGCCCCGGAGCCCUUUGGGACCUCCUGCACACUGGACUGGUGGUUGGCACAGGCCUCUGUGUCCGGUCAGAGCUUCGUCAUGGCCAUCCUGUUCUUCUGUCUCAUCCUUCCCACAGGCAUCAUAGUCUUCUCCUACGUCAUGAUUAUCUUCAAGGUCAAGUCCUCUGCAAAGGAGAUUUCACACUUUGACGCCCGCAUCAGCAACAGCCACGCGCUUGAGAUGAAACUCACAAAGGUGGCAAUGCUGAUCUGUGCAGGCUUCUUGAUAGCCUGGAUCCCUUAUGCAGUGGUGUCAGUGGUGUCAGCAUUUGGUGAGCCAGAUUCGGUUCCCAUUCCUGUGUCUGUCAUUCCCACGCUGCUGGCCAAGUCCUCAGCCAUGUACAACCCCAUCAUCUACCAGGUUGUGGACCUGAAGAAUUCCUGCAUGAAUCUCACCUGUUCAAAGGUCCUGAAGAAACGUGGGCAUUUUAGAAAGUCAAGGUUCUACACCAUCACGGGCCCAUUAAGGAACACUCCACCAGCCAAAGAUGCUCAGAUCGAAAUGUGA